CAAAUAGCCCCACAUUUAAUUUUUUCCCCAUCUUUUCGUCCCUACGUUUAUCAGUUAAUUAUAUCUUAACCCUCUUUCUAAAACCCCUCCAGCCUCCGUUCCAUUCUCACCCAAAACCCUGAGCUUUCAAUCGCACAACAGCAGCACCAAUUCACAUGCAAAAUGCCCGCCGCCGUCGCCGGAAUUGAGAAAUUCGAGGACUUCGCGAAGGUCCACGGCGUCCUUCUGGCGGCGUCGGGGCUCCCGCAGGCACUGCACCGCAAGCUCUUCCAGAAGCUUUAUUCAGAGACUUUCGACGGCGGCAAUCAUUUCCAGGUGGAAUCCGUGGAGGACGGCAGGCAGAGGAGGCUCGUGCUCACGGCGGAUUCGCUCGGUAAAGAUUCUGACGUCUUUCUGGUGGACCAUGCCUGGACUUUUCGCCUUUCCGAUGCUUACAAGCAGUUGCAGGAGGUUCCGGGAUUGGCAGAAAGGAUGGCUUCAUUAAUGUGUGUUGAUAUCGAUUCGAAUUCAGAGGCUGAGGAGCCAGAUGGCAGUGAUGAUGCUAAACUAAGUGCCGUGGAAAUAGUUGAGAGAGAAUACUGCAAAGUUAAAGAAGAAGGCAUUGAUUCUGAGCUGUGGUUGGAGCUUGAGGAUCUUGAAAUUGAUGAUGAUAUGCUAGUUUCUCUUGAUCUACCUAGUAAAUUUCCCCACUUGCUGGCACUAAGCCUCCGUGGCAACAAGCUCACGAACUCGGAAAUUGUGGCAAAUGUGGUAGCUCAGUUUAAAUCUCUUAAAGCUCUAUGGCUGAACUAUAAUCCUAUACUGAAAGCUGGUGAUAUUGAUUUGGAAGAUUCGUUUCUGAAAAACUGCCCUGAACUAGAAAUCUACAAUUCACGUUUAACCCCCAAGUAUGGUGAAUGGGCCUUAGGAUUCUGUGGAGGAUUAUAUGAGAAAGACAAUCCCGGAGGUUCCUAUCAGACUGAACAACUACUGCAGAGCGUGAUAUCUCUUGACCUUUCAAAUAGGUGUGUUCGCAAUCUUAUCACUAAGGCCUUUUCUCCUCUUGAAAUGCCUGUUCUGUCAUACUUGAAUCUCCACGGGAAUCCACUAAAUGAAACCUCAGUUGAUGAACUGCUAAAAUAUCUCAGAGGAUUUAUCAACUUGACUUCGCUAGAGGUGGAUAUUCCUGGGCCUCUUGGAGACAAUGCUGUUGAUAUUAUUGAAGCUAUGCCUACUCUAUCACUAUUGAAUGGAGUUAGUACUUCCAAAAUCUUGGAAUCUGGGAAGAGCAUCGUUGAUUCAAUGUUAAAACCUCGUUUCAUUGAGUUGAAUGAUGGAGAAUCUCUCACCGAUCGGGUUAUUAAUGCUAUGUGGUUGCACUUGAUGACAUACCGGCUUGCAGAUGAAGAGAAAAUAGAUGAAACUUCUGUUUGGUAUGUGAUGGAUGAACUGGGUUCAGCUUUACGUCACAGUGAUGAGUCCAAUUUCAGAGUUUCGCCUUUCCUCUAUAUGCCCGAGGGUAAUCUGGAGUCAGCUGUGAGCUACUCAAUCCUUUGGCCUACGAAAAAUGUCCAAAAAGGUGAGGAGUGCACUCGGGAUUACCUCUCUGGCAUCAGCGAGGAGAGACAACGUUCUGCUAGGCUUACUGCCUGGUUUCAUACACCACGAGACUAUUUUAUUAGAGAGUAUGAAAAGUACAUCACAAAAUUAAACUUGGCCAAAUUUUCUCCACUGCCGGUGCUGCCAUCUGCAACCAAUAGUCUGCUUCAUAGUGAUAGGAGUGUAUUACAUGUUUACGCUGAUAUACCUCAAGUAGAGGAACUUUUGACACGUCCAGAAUUUGUGAUCACAACUGAACCGAAGAAUGCAGAUAUAGUAUGGACUAGUGAGCAAGUCGACGAGGAGAUGAAGAAGGCAGUUGGACUGAAUGAUCAGCAAUACGUAAAUCAAUUUCCUUUCGAGGCUUGUAUUGUUAUGAAACAUCACUUGGCAGAAACUGUUCAAAAGGCUCAUGGUACUCCUGAGUGGCUCCAGCCGACAUAUAAUCUUGAAACACACCUAACUCAACUUGUAGGAGAUUAUCACACACGUGAAAGGGAUGGUGCUGACAACUUGUGGAUCUUAAAACCAUGGAACAUGGCCAGGACUAUUGAUACUACUGUUACUCAAAAUUUAUCAGCUAUCAUUCGUCUCAUGGAGACUGGUCCAAAGAUAUGUCAGAAGUAUAUUGAACACCCUGCCCUAUUUAGAGGAAAAAAGUUUGAUCUCCGUUACAUUGUUCUCGUUCGGAGCAUGAACCCAUUAGAGAUAUUUCUUACCGAUGUAUUCUGGGUUAGGUUGGCAAACAACACUUACUCUUUGGAGCAGCACAGUUUGUUUGAAUACGAGACACAUUUCACAGUUAUGAAUUACAGGGGAAAAUUGAAUCACAUGCAAACGCCGGAGUUUGUGAAAGAAUUCGAACAAGAACAUCACGUUCAAUGGUCGGAUAUCCAUCAGAGAAUUAAAAAAAUGAUCAGAUCUGUUUUUGAGUCGGCUGCUGUAGUGCAUCCAAAAAUGCAUAGUCCGACAUCUAGAGCCAUGUAUGGCAUUGAUGUCAUGCUCGACGAACAAUAUAAGCCUAAAUUGUUGGAGGUGACGUACUGCCCCGACUGUACUCGGGCAUGCAAAUAUGAUAUGGAAGCCGUUACAGGUGGAGGUGGCGUUGUGAGAGGGAAAGACUUCUACAACUAUGUGUUUGGAUGUCUCUUCUUAAACGAGACUACUCAUGUCUCUCCAUUGUAAUGGAACUUUAGUUUAAGGUUAGUUGUGAUGAUCGAUUUCCCCGCAUUUUACUGGAGAAGAAACUGUUUCGCACAGACAGCUCCAUGUGCGAUAGCGACAGAACAUCUUAUCGAAUUUACUUUGGGUUUUUAUUGAUCUACUUAUCACUCAAGGAAAAAAAAAACAGCAGCUUCUUAGAAAUGAGAACAAUGUAGAGAAUGUAUUGUAAUGUGUGUGUGUGUGUGUGUGUUUUGUAACAGGCUCAUGGUUAUCAUAUUUUUAAUUCUA